GUGCUGAGGCAUGAGGAGUUCCAGGAGGGCUGCAAGGCGAGCUGCAACGGCCCUUACGAUGGAAAAUGGAGCAAAACGAUGGUGGGUUACGGGCCAGAAGACAAUCACUUUGUUGCAGAAUUGACUUACAAUUAUGGUAUUGGAGAAUAUCGCCUGGGCAAUGACUUCCUGGGCAUAACCCUUGUGUCCAGCCAGGCUGUGAGCAAUGCUAAGAAGAUGGGGUGGCCCCUCAAAGAAGUGACAGCUGGUAUUUUUGAAACUGAAGCCCCAGGAGGAUACAAGUUCUACUUGGAAGACAAGGCACAGCUCAAGCAAGAUCCUGUGCUAAAGGUAACCUUGGGUGUCUCUGAUCUGCAGAAGUCUGUUAACUACUGGUCUAAUUUGCUCGGGAUGAAAAUAUAUGAGAAGGAUGAGGAAAAACAAAGGGCUUUGCUAGGCUAUGCAGAUAAUCAGUGUAAGCUGGAGCUGAAGACCGUUGGAGCGGUGGAUCACGGGACAGCAUUUGGGCGGAUUGCCUUCUCCUGUGCAAAGGAAGAGUUGACAAACAUUGAAGCUCUGAUGAAAAAGGAGAAUCAGAAAAUUUUAACACCUCUGGUUAGCUUGGACACACCUGGCAAAGCCACAGUGCAAGUGAUUAUUUUGGCUGAUCCUGAUGGCCAUGAAAUCUGUUUUGUGGGAGAUGAAGCAUUCAGAGAUCUAUCCAAGGUGGACCCUAAUGGUGCCAAACUGUUAGAUGAUGCCAUGGCAGCAGACAACAGUGACGAGUGGUUUGCUGAACAGAAAAUGCAGAAGGCUUCUGCUUAGCUGGAGAAAAGGACUGGGCUGCUCGUUCGUGCCUUGGUGUUCCUCUGAGCAAA